AAGAAGUUCAUGAAGUAAAAACCAACUUUUCCGAAAAAGGGCAAUAUGGGGUGAAAGGGGGCCCUGGGCUGCGCAAGCAGCAAAGCGAGCGUCCACGGGCGGUAUCUUUGGAAGAAGACAGCUCGCUGGGAACAGGAUGUAAUACGGAGGAUUAUGGUUAAAGGUUGUCGAUGGCUCUCUCGGACCAAUAGUUUUUCCGAUUACAUUUGACCCCGCUUAGCCCCGCUGAGAUAUAAGUUGGAGGCAGAAGCAGGCGAAAAAUCCUGUUUUUGUACUAAGAUACCAGCGUUGAAUUUCACAUCAUUUUAAGUCGAUUGCAUAACAUUCCAUAUCUACAUUCCCCUGUCAUAUCCAACUGGCAUAUCACCCAAGCUGUGCAGAAUGCAGCCACUUCAAGACACUGCAGCCAAAGCGGCAUCGAAAGUGAGAUCAAAGGUGAAACGAAGUUCGCACCCCACCUAUCCUUGGCUCUUUCCUCCCGACUGUGAGAAAGAUAUUGAGCCAGUAAUUACACAAUGGUUAAAGGAUGAAGCAAACCUCGAAUAUAUAUCCAGAAGAACCUCGAAGACAUUCAAGGAUGAUCCCUUCAAAAAUGUUGCCGAAGCAUAUGCAAUUGUUUGGACUGAUAAGAGUGGUAUACUGGAAAGGCCAUUCCCUGGCAAGCAUCUAGUCAUUAUGGGCUUAGAAUAUGUCGAUGAGAACAACGGUCUCCCCAGGUUCCAAGAUAAACAAAAAUUAGAUCAUGGGGAGUUUAUUCUUGUGUCAGGAGACGAUAACAUGAUCCUGAGUGAUAAAGGAGGGGGAAUAUCACUUCUUAUUGUGUUGGACAUGGAAGGAGGCGCAUAAAGCAAAAAUUCAUUAUGUUCAUUAGCUAUUGCACAGCUUACGUUUGAUCGUUUGAUGGUUUCUUCAGACUGUUGUUGUUCCGCCCGCGGAUGCGUUAGAAAUGCCAUACUGCGGUAUUUGCGUGUCGGUAAUGAGAGCAAGUUCUUGUCGAUGGCUGUUCAUCGGAUGAGGUAGAGAAAGUAUACCGGCGGAGGCAUCCGGAAUGCCGUACUGUGGUAUUUGUGAGUCUGCCAACGAGUAUCCACCUGCGGAGGCAUCAGGAAAGCCGUAUUGCGGUAGCUGCAUACUCAUGAAGCACUCCCUCGUAUCCGCCCAGGCGUCUCCCAUGCCAUAUUGUGGAGGGAAUGACCGAUUGUCACGGGGCAAGGGUAUAGUAUUCAGGGCGUGGACGAAUGUUUCGUCUGUGGUUGGGAUGUUGUGUCGCGCUGCACAUUCUUCAGUCAUGCUGGUGGCAUUAUUGGUAUUCAAUCUGGCGAGACUCCGCUCGGAGGCAUACGGUGUCGAUGAAGAAUAGUGCGCUGAUGAGCUCUCGGGGUUUUGUAUGUCAAUGGGUCCAGCCCAGCGUGGGCGCUUGGUUCUCGGCAAGGACGAUUCCAAUUCAAGGCGAGGUCGUUUAUCUUUCCUGUACCCUAUGUAAAAUAUAAGCCAAUGGCAUUUCAUGGUGAAUAGUCAAUCUCACUCACCAUCGUAUAUUGACUGGCUAUUCUCAACCCAGGAUGAAGCCUGUUUGAGGGUACCAAGUAUGUCCAUUUUCUGUUGGAGUAGGAUGCCAAACAUGUGAAGGUCGUCAUAAGACAAAGCAUCAAAAUAUUGAUAUGUAAACGGGAUUACCACUUCUAUUCCAGAGAAAUCACAUUUCUCCUCAAUUAUCAGUUGUCGA